GCCUGAGUCUCGCGAGAAAGGCUCAUUGUCUCGCGGGACCGCGCCGGCUGACGGGCUCUCGGGUGGCCCGGGCCGGGGAAGAGGAGUCGCAUGUGUCGGUUCAGCAGGCGGUAGUGGCGGGAGCGGAGGCGUCGGCGGCGGUACGACCGCCCGGGUUUGUGAGAUGGCUGCUGACAUUUCUGAAUCCGGGGGGCAUGAUUGCAAAGGAGACUCCAGGAGCGAUAUCAAGUUAGAUGCAGAUUACCCACUCCGGGUCCUUUACUGUGGAGUGUGUUCAUUACCAACAGAGUACUGUGAAUAUAUGCCCGAUGUUGCUAAAUGUAGACAGUGGUUAGAGAAGAAUUUUCCAAAUGAGUUUGCAAAACUUACAGUAGAAAAUUCACCCAAACAAGAAGCUGGAAUUAGUGAGGGUCAAGGGCCAGCAGGAGAAGAGGAAGAGAAGAAAAAACAAAAGAGAGGUGGAAGGGGUCAAAUAAAACAAAAAAAGAAGACCGUACCACAAAAGGUUACGAUAGCCAAAAUUCCCAGAGCAAAGAAGAAAUAUGUAACAAGAGUGUGUGGCCUUGCAACUUUUGAAAUUGAUCUUAAAGAAGCACAAAGAUUUUUUGCUCAGAAAUUCUCCUGUGGUGCCUCAGUGACAGGGGAGGAUGAGAUCAUCAUUCAGGGAGACUUUACAGACGACAUCAUUGAUGUCAUUCAGGAAAAAUGGCCAGAGGUGGAUGAUGAUAGCAUUGAAGAUCUUGGAGAAGUGAAGAAGUGAUUUUGAAAAUUUGCCUGUAUUUAAUGGUCUGAACUGAGAGUUGAUAUGGCCAAAGGGGAGAGGCCUUUUGAAAAAAAAAAAUAUUUAUCCUACAGUAAAACUGUGGACUACCCUCGCCCUUGGCAUUUUCACUGUUCUGUACAAGGCUGCUUAUGUUUUUAUUUUUUAUUUUUAUUGCCAAAGUCUGAUGAACAGGGAGACUGUCAUGCUUAUGCAUGAAAUAGAAUUUAGUCAAAUAAAAACUUUUGGUCACUUGG